ACAAAUUCAAAUAAUCUGAUCUAUCUAUAUCUAUAAAUACACAGCCUCUUUACGAUGCUAGACAUCCAUCACACUCCUCUCAAGCACUUGCAAUUAGGCAUAGAAAUUCCAAUUUGCUUCAAUUAAAAAUGGCAACUCACUUUUUCCUUAUAACCAUAGCCAUCAUUGCCUUGGCCUCUACACUUGCCUCUGCUUCAGACCCAAGUCCUCUACAAGACUUUUGUGUUGCUGUUAAUGACUCCAAAUCUGCUGUUUUUGUGAAUGGAAAAUUUUGUAAUGACCCAAAGCUCGCCAAAGCCGAUGACUUCUUCUUUUCUGGCCUCCUUAAUCCCCGAAAUACAUCAAAUCCAGUUGGAUCGACUGUCACUCCAGUAAAUGUUAUGCAAAUCCCAGGCCUCAACACUCUUGGCAUCUCAUUAGCUCGCAUCGACUUUGCACCUUAUGGUCUUAACCCACCCCACACACACCCUCGUGGAACUGAGAUCCUCGUGGUCUUGGAGGGUACCCUCUAUGUCGGUUUCAUAACCUCCAAUCCGGAAAAUCGUCUUUUCACCAAGGUCUUGUACCCAGGAGAUGUUUUCGUGUUCCCUGAGGGUCUUAUUCACUUCCAGUUUAACGAAGGAAAGACCAAUGCAGUGGCUAUUUCUGGUCUAAGCAGCCAAAACCCUGGUGUUAUUACCAUUGCCAAUGCGGUGUUUGGGUCAAAUCCAAAGAUUUCUGAUGAUGUUCUUGCCAAGGCAUUCCAAGUAGACAAGAAGGUGGUGGACUAUCUUCAAGCUCAGUUUUGGUGGCCCAACAACUAAAGAAAUAAAUGGAGAAUAGAAUCCAUGAAUCUAUUAUUUGUUGGACUUUAAACAUAUAUUAUUUAAUAUCGCAUGAAUAAGUUGUUGGUUAGGGAUGAUUUCCUCACAACUUUUUUCCCUAUGAUUUUAUAAUAAUGAUGUUUUUAAA